AUGGCCACUUCGUCUGAGCCUGCGGCUGCGUCUGAAAGGCAGGCAACUCUGCUGGACCCCAUCACUGGGCUUCCGCCCGGAUGGCGUCAGCGCGAGAAGACAAUCUUGAGCGGCAGCAAAGCGGGAGAGAUGCAGCAAUUCUUCGAGAAUGAUCUCGGGAGAAAAGUAGACAGCAUCAAGAAGCUCAUGAAGCUCGUGUGCGACGUGACUGGCGAAGACGUUGAGCAACUGACGCAGCAGAGCAUGGCGAUCCGCAACCCUGAAAGCACGAGCCUUGGAUGCGCUUAG